UCGCAUCCUCUCAAGUCGAGCGAUGUCAAUGUGAUAUCAAGAUGGCGAAAAGUCCUCGAGACAACAAGGAGAAGGCAUCCAGCUUCCUGGCUGAUCUGGACCAAGCACUGGAAAGGCAGCCAGUGAAUUGGUUACAGGCCGUGGAGUCUCUGAGGCAGAAUCAAAGGACUGAGUCUCCUGGUCACGGGGACAACAAGUGCACGAAACAGGCAAACAUUCAUCACAAAACAGAGGAAAGUGAAGUAAACACCGCGGAGUUGAGCCGAAGCAACACCGCCUCAGAUCAAGAGAUAUCGGCAUCCGAUAUGAAUUGUGCCGAUGAAGACGAUGACUCCUCCGACGACAAGCAAUCUUGCGCUGAGACGAUUGACUUGAUCCGCGCGAGAACCGCCACUGGAUCGGACCCCACUCCAAGCUCUACCCCUACACUUGCUCCAUCCACACCCGUUGAGACUCUCGGUGACCCUACAUCAGAGGAGCCACUUCCUUCUUCUGUCUCUACUUCAUCAGUUGAGAGUCAGACUGUCGAGCAGCCGGAGGUCUUGCCUGCCAUCCCGGAAUCUGCAGCCAAGCCUUCCGAGCAGACAUCGAGCUCGCCUGUUGCUCCAGCAUCUGAGGAAAAGGCUUCGGAGCAGUCAGCUAGCAUGGCAAAGCCUUCGUCUUCGUCAGAGGACAAGCCAUCUGAGCAGACUUCAAGCUCACAUGUCUCACCCUCACCCAUGUCUCAAUCCUCUGAGCACCCAUCAAGCUCGCCAGUCCUGCCAACAUCUGAUGUUAAGCUAUCCGAGCAGACAUUGAGCUCGUCUAGACUCUCGACAUCUGAGGAGAAGCCAUGCGAGCAGCAGCUAGCGAGCCAGCCGGAGCGGGCAGUCCCUUCUGAGGACCAGCCCACCGAGAAGGCAUUGGAGUCACCCGUUCCUCCAACAUCUGAGGCUAAGCUCCCGGAGCAGCCAUCAAACUUGUCUCUCACUUCAUCCAAGGAGAAAGAAUCGGGAGACUCAUCGGGCCCAAUUCUCUCUCCCUUAUCUUCCAAAGAGCAGCCUCCGCAGCAACGACAGGAGACCAAACCAUCCACCCCACAGACCCAAGUCUCCCCCAACCUCUCCAAGAAGGCCAAAAAGAAGAAAGCGAAGAAGAAUAACAAAAAGGCCAACAACAACGCUGGGGGAGCGGCACCAGCCCCUGCCGCUGCUGCAACUGUCACUUCGUCGAAUACCGGAAAGCAUGAGACUUCCAGCACGAAGGCUGCGGUGCCCGACAAGUCCUCGGAUGCUAAACGCCAUGCCUCGUCUGCGGAAGCAGCAGAAGCUCUGGGCGGCAGCAGUGCCAGCAGCGUUAUCAAGAUUACCACCACAACAACCACGACCACGACCAAAGUAUCUAAUACCGCAGGCAGUACCGCAGCCUACAAGAAGGCGGAGGAAAAGCUGGCGUCCCCAACUGCUGUUGCAUCCCAAGAACAUAAGACCACCGGUAAAGCCAGGGCGGAUCCUGAUGCGGCGGCCAAGCUGCUGGCUAUCCAGGCGGCCAUCGAUAGACUGAACGCUCAAGGCAGAGCACAGUUUGACUUCGUCGAAUCGGCGAGUACUCUGCAUGCACCCCAUUCUCGAUCCUAUGCCCGAGCUGUGUCCGGUGACGAGAAGACCCGGGAUGUCAGUCAAGGACCCUUCGGAUCGCCAAACGUAUCUACCGAAAACGACCAAAGGUCGAUCCACAAGGAAAGCGAAUUGCCUCCAUACUCGCCCAGCACGCCUCAGAAUAGCGCCAUCUCCAUCCGGAUCCCAUUGCCUCCCAUUGCAGAAACCCCCACGGAAACACAGCAGACAAGCAAAGCGAGCGAAGAUGGCCAAUCCGGCGCCAACACAGGAAGCGGGCCAUCCGAUCUGACUCCCAAGUCCACCAGCACGACCUCCACAACAUGGACGACGGGCCAAGCUUCCCAGACCACGCCCCACACCACGGUGACCUCUGCGCCAUCGACCACCAAGACGACCAGCAACACGCAGCAGAAACACCGAGGCGGCGGUGCGAGUGCGCAAACUAGCAAGCUAACCAGCGCUGCAGCAAUAACUCAGCCAGCCAGCAGCAGCAGUAGCCACGCCCAUCCCUCCCCUACAACCACCAACACCACCACCACCACCAGCAGUAGCCGCCGCCGCGUGCAGCAGCAGCAGCAGCAGCAGCAGAUCUCGCACGCCAGCGGGGGGACCCUCUCGAGCCGAAAGCCGGAGGGAUUCUUCUGGCAACUCGACAGCCACGGCUUCCCGUGCGCGAUGCGCAACUGCCCCAAGCGCUGCAACUUGUGGGACGGAGCCACGGUGAUCUGCCCGGGCUGCGGGCCCUUCUCGGAAACCCGCUACUGCUCUCGCGAGCACCUGCUGGAGGGGAUCAAGGCGCACUGGCCCGUGUGUCGGCAGCAGGUCUUCGUGCACCCGUGCCGCGAGAGCACGAUCCCCAGCGACGUGCGCGCGGGCCCGCCCAUGAUCCCCUGCCUGCACAACUACGACAUGCCCGAGCGCCACCGCCAGGCGGUAUACUUUGCCAUGAACACGCGCCAGGGCGAUUACUUCAUCUUCUCGGACUGGGCGGACUAUUCGCGCGCCGGGUUCCCCGCGGAUAAUGUGUUGCUGCGCUGCUCCAAACGGCUGGUGUAUACUGUUCGCUUCGAGAAUGCCGAGGAAAAGGAUCGUUUCCGCCGUGUGCUGGCGAUUUGUCUGUUUGCUACCUUGGAGGUUCACGCACUGGUCGACUACCUCUUCCGUCUUAUCAGGGACCAGCUCCGCGCGGCAAACGCUGCCAAACACCUCGAGGCCGCUGUGCGAUACCAGCUCCAGCAGGAGACCAAUGUGACCAUCCAGCAAUACAUCACGGGAGAACGCCACGCCUGCGAGACGGACUGGAACGGUCGCAACCGUCGCAACUGUGCCGAUGCCGUGUGUCGCUCCGAGUACCAGCGUCUUCUCGGGUCCAUGGGAGGAGGCGGACUACGGGAGGUCGUCAAGGGGUGGGAGUCAACUUUCUGGAUCCUGCGCGCCGCGAGAACAACGCAUCCGGAGGUCAAGGACCCGAAGAAGCGCAUGCUCGGCGAGGGGUUCGAGGGGGUGGCCGAAGAGGAUCAGCGGGUGUUUCGACGUGGUGACGGGUGGGAUGGCGCUGGGACCGGCGAUAUGGAGAUCGAAGGGUGGAACGAGGACGAGGGUCCCGUUGAACAGUGA